AUGGACCUCCUGGAGGAUUUUAUCCCAGAUCCGGAUGUCCAGUCCACCGCGGCCUUCAAGAGCGGGGCGCAGAGAGCUCGCAAGCAUCAGGCGGUUGACUUCCCUGUCACCAUCGAGUACGUAGAGAUGUCGCCCAUGGAGAAGUCAGCAGCAGCUGCGCCGGCCAUUCCUGCUGGUGCUUGGACGCCUCGUCUCAGCGGCUGGUCCGAUGAGGAGGAACACAACGCGCGCAGCGACAUCCUGCUGCUGAUAAUUGGGGAUGCGUCGCUCUACCAAUCUGGAGGCAAGCAUGCCUCCUAUGCAACGGCUUGGGGCUGCUAUGCCGAUGCUUGGAAGAUGAAGGCGCGAGCUGUCGACCCCCACAACGUGCCGACGUGCGAGGCCAAGGAUCCGGACUUUGGGCGAUUCUGCGUGCAGGCCCGGAUUCUGGAGGGAAUGCAGGACCUGGGUCGGCAGCAGCAGACCCUGUCGGAACUGGGAUUGAGCCAAUUGCCAAGAUGGAUCUUCCAUGUCGACAGCGGCACCUUACCGCUAAGCCGCACACUGGACUUACGGAGGUUCGUUUACGCUGGCCGGCAUUUGGUUUUCAGCGAAGAGUUCCACACGGGCCGGAUUCUCCCUGGCCCGUACAUCUCGAGCGUUUCCAACCACUCAGCCCUCUUCUUCAGAGCUUGGGAACAUCGUGCCAUGAACUCCUUGCAGCUGCAUCUACUCGACUGGCUACGCAACGAACUACUCUACUCGGGUCAGACACGUGGGACGUUGACCAAUCUCACAGACAGCCUGCUGUGGGUGGCCAAGCUGUACAAGAACGCCCAGGACACCGCCACCCACGACGUCUUUACGGCCGCCACCAAGUUCGUUCUCGGACCGCGUCGUCAAUUCCGCCACCUUGUCAUCCUUCGGCGUGGCCUGGGAUUCUGCGCGGAGGCUUCGUUCCCCGUGAACCUGACGCAGGCUGCGAUCCUCGGCCAGCGAUUUCUUUGUGUCCAAGCGCCAGACGUGAUCCAGCAACUGGACCCGCAAUGCUUGGAGACGGUCUUCCGCUGCGAAGCCUGGCUCGUGGACUGCCUGGGCACCUCAGAGACCAACAAGGACUUGCUGCGCUCCAUCCGAAGCUAUGAACCUCAGCGGAUGAGUCUCGGAAUGGUCAACGAUGUCCAGGACUGCUGGCCCGACUGCCCAGCAGACGUCUCCGCGAGGACAUGGGCGGAGAUGGACACAGGUCUCAGCUACAAUGCACGUUGCCACCCACACCAAUCUCGCGUGGGCUGUUGCUGUAACGAUUUCAACAUCAUCGAAGAGCACCGAGCGGCACAAAAGGCUGACAUGUAUCUGCUGCUGAUCCUGUCGUCCCUUGUGGCUCGGGGCCCAGCAAUCACGUUUCAACCAAGCAGCAGUCAUGUGCAUGUCUCUGCACAGGUGGAGCUCACUCACCUUCGGCAACGCUUCAACAAGCGCUCCCAGACAGACUUGGCGAAGGAACGCCAGCGGGCCAUGGCUAUGCCCGAACCGGCCCCCGGCUACAGCGGCCCACGCUACGCGCAGGCAAGCGAUGUCAACGAUGCGUGGCUCCAGAGGCUCCUGCAGUGCCAGCAGCAGGGACAGCUCCUUCCAAAGAAGGAUGCUUACCUGCUUGUGUUGGAUGUGAUCCGGCAGCUAAAGAGCGAGCAGACCCUGGGCCGAAUCCAGAUGAAUCCGGGCCAGAAGCUCACGGUGUUCGGCGACAUCCACGGCCAGUAUUUCGACUUCAUGAACAUGCUGAGCAUGACCGGCAUGCCUUCGGUCAAUACGCCCUUCCUCUUCAAUGGGGACUUCGUUGACCGAGGCUCCUGGUCUGUGGAGGUCAUCACCAUGAUCUUUGCCAUGAAGAUGCAGAACCCGAAUGCCAUCUUCAUGAAUCGCGGAAACCACGAGAUGUUGGAGGCCAACAUGAUCUACGGCUUCGCCGGUGAGGUGGGUAGCAAGUACGAUCUGGACCUCUUCAACCUCUACUCCGAGUCCUUCCGAAACCUUCCCCUGCUUCACCUUGUGAACAACCAAGUCCUGGUUGUCCAUGCCGGCAUCCCCGGCCCCCGGCCCCGCGUCUGGCUGCCCGGCCAGACCCAUGACCCAGAGGAUGCCGUGCCGGUGAACCUCCAAGCGUGCACCUUGGCGGAGAUCGCCUCGGUAGACCGUUACACGGAGCUGACCCCCAAUUCCUACAAGGACGCCGUCGAUGAGGCCCCUAGGAAGGAAGAGAAGUGGGAGACGGACACCCGCAUGAUCAUCGACUUCCUGUGGUCUGACCCUCGUGGCGGCUCUGGCUAUGGCCCUUCCUACCGCAAAAGCCGCGGUGUCUUCAUGUUCGGCCCGGAUGUGUCGGAUCAGUUCGUUCGGGAGAACAACCUUAAGCUCGUGAUCCGCUCGCACGAGGUCAAGGCAGACGGCUACCUUCAGGACCAUCCGUCGUUGAUGAGUGUGUUCAGCGCGCCGAAUUACCUGGAUACCGGCGGCAACAAGGGCGCCUUCCUGCAGCUUUCUCCGGGCCCGGAUGGGAACCUCCAGGUUACACCGACCAGUUUCACUGCCGUGCCCCAUCCGGACUUGCCGCCGAUGUACCAUCAGAACUACAUCGCGGAGAACCAUCCUCACCUGACACGGCAGAUGAAGAAGAAGCAGGUGGCCCAGUCGGAUGAUUUCGGCGACAGCGACUUUGCAGGCUACCAGGGCCCCGACGAGUGGGAGGAGGUCGAUGCUGGAGCCAGCCUGAACGCAAGGUAG